UCUGCAUCAUUAUCCGAGAAUGACCAAAACCAGGUUCCCUUGCCCUCUUCUGGGGAUGCCACCAUUGAUUAUAUCUCAUCUGAAAACCUUGUGCCCAUUUCGGACCCUGAAGACAAGAUUAAGAGCUUGGUUGAAGAAUUAGAGUCUAAGAAUUGGACUAACGUGUGUGAAUCACUUAAUGAUGUUAGGCGAUUUGCGUUGUUCCAUUCGUCUCUUCUAUUUCCUCUAUUGGGAAAAGUUGUGUUGGUGGUGGCCAAGACCACGAAAAAUCCUCGUAGUGCUGUGUGUAAAACUUGUAUUAUGGCUGCUUCCGAUGUCUUCAACGCCUUUGGCGACAAGUUGCUUGACCCUUCUACCUCUGAGGCAUUUGAUGGCAUGCUACUGCAGCUGCUGCUGAAAGCAUCGCAGGAUAAACGGUUUGUGUGUGAAGAAGCAGACAAGGCACUGGGCUCAAUGGUGGACUCCAUGACCCCUCUUCCUCUCUUUCAGAAACUUGGAGCAUAUGUUAGCCAUGCAAACCUCCGAGUCAGGGCCAAGGCUGCCAUAUCACUCUCCAAAUGCGUCUCCAAGAUGGAGGGGCUUGGAGAAAUGGAUGAAUCUUGGUUGGCAGAACUGAUUAAAGUGGCAGCUGAUUUACUGAACGAUAGAUUGCCUGAGGCGAGAGAUGCGGCUCGGAGUAUCGCCACUUCAAUGUAUGAGGCACUCACAAAGGACAAGGAACAGAAGCUGGAGGUGUGGCAGAGCUUCUGCCAAUCCAAGUUGACACCAAUUCACGCUAUUUCAAUGUUUAAGAUAGUUGGUACUUGAAGCAAUAUUGGGUAUUGGGUGUAUUAAUACGUAGUUUUAUAGUCAUAUAGCAGAUAUCCGAAAUUUAGUUCUGUAUGCGAAGUUCCUAAGGCUCAUGAUGCUGCAUGAGUAGGAGGAGUUUUGUUGAAUGUUGAAAUAAAAAUUUGUUUUUCUUUUUA